CAUGGCGGCGACAUUGCGCAACUCCGGAAAUGGUCGGAAGACUUUCGGAAAGGGGUAAACAAGUGCCGCGGGAAUUUGUUCAGUGCGCUUCUGUGAGGAUUUUCCAGGGAUAAUGGCCAAUUUUGUGAAGCAGAACGGCGCCAAUGGCCAUGGCGAACAGGAGGAGAGAAUGACGGUGGAGUAUGUGAAUAGAUCUGAGAGGUUUUUGUUGCCGAAGCAGUUGGAUUACAAUCAGCAGUUCCAUAACCUCUAUGUGGCUCGGUGUGAAGCGAUGUCGGGGCUCCUGCGGGAGCGGGUGGCACUCAAGUGGGGCGAGCAGUAUCCCAUCAGGAGGAUCCAUGAUCUGAGCGAAGAUGAUCAAGAGAAGUGCGUUAUUAUUGGGACGGUUUACAAGCAACAGACGCUGAAGCCGAGUGUCCUGAAGGAGCUCUCCAAAGUCACUAAUAUCGUGCCUCAGCCCAUCGCCUGCGACUUCACGGAUGACUCGGAUGAGGUGAUGCUGGAGGAUGAGCUGCAGAGGGUGCGUCUGUUCGGGAACAUCAACCCUCAUGAGGUGGUGACAGGAAUAAUGUGUGCUGUGCUCGGUCACAUUCUGGAGCAGGGAAGGUUCCAUGUCGAUGAGAUUCUCUUCUACGAAUGUGGCCCUCAGAAGCCGCUGAAAUCGCUGGACAACUCCCCGUUCCUGGUUCUCUUAUCGGGACUGAAUAUGACUCGCACCGAUGAUCGUUUCCUGUCUCUGGAAGCCUUCCAGAACUGGAUCUAUGGGAAUAUGCCUGAGGAUAAAGGCUUCGAUCCUUCGUCGAUCGUUCGAGUGAUUGUGGCUGGGAAUUCAGUGAGAAAUGAGGACAAUCAUGCGGAUUCGGUGGAUUUGGAACAGCAAGCGACAAGUGAAGAGCUUAAUGGGAUCAAGUUUCUCGAUCAAUUCCUCCAUGAUUUGGGUGGAUCGGUGCAUGUUGACUUGAUGCCCGGGGAGUUCGAUCCGACGUCAUCCCUCCUGCCUCAGCCGCCACUGCAUCCACUCCUCUUGCCCAUGAGCAGCCAAUUGAUGAGUUGCCGCAGCGUUCCAAAUCCGUAUGCGUGUGAAAUUGGCGGAAGAUGCAUUUUGGGCAUGUCAGGGCAGAAUGUUGAUGACAUCUUGCGAUACUCUCGGAUCUCAGACAGUCUCUCGGCUCUGAAGGCCACCUACCGAUGGGGACACAUUGUGCCCACAUGUCCGGACACUAAAUUCGCCUAUCCUCUGCAGGGCAAGGAUCCUUUCGUCAUCGAUGAGUGUCCACACAUUUAUUUCGCCGGAAAUUGUCCAGAGUACAAGAGCGAAUUGGUGAAGGAGAAUGGAAGGGAGGUUCGAUUGAUUUGUGUGCCAAAAUUCAGCAAGUCAAAGUCAGUGGUUGUGGUGAAUUUGGCGACGCUGGACUGCAAGCUGAUGAAAUUUUAAGAAGCUGUGAAGUGUCAUC